UAGGAAUGAAUCACCCAGCUGGCCAAUAGCUAUUGGAAUGAUUCUCCAUGCGUGACUUUGUUACGUUAUUACAAAACGUAGCAAGAUAGACCUGCCCAGCCAUCGGUUACAGAUGUUCAUUUGUGAUGCUGCCUUAAGGAGAUGAGAUGAGAGCAAAUUGUUCUAGGAGUGCAGCAUGCCUUACCAACAGUUCAGAAGAGGAGUUGCAAAUGGGGUUGGAGGUACAUGGGAACCUGCAACUUGUUUUCACAGUGGUGUCGGGUGUGAUGAUUGGCCUGAUCAUGUUCUCUUUGGGAUGCUCCGUGGAUAUCCGAAAGCUAUGUUUGCACAUCAGAAGACCCUGUGGCAUCGCUGUGGGACUGCUGUGCCAAUUUGGACUCAUGCCUCUUACAGCCUAUCUCCUGGCCAUCAGUUUCUCUCUGAAGCCAGUCCAAGCUAUUGCUGUUCUCAUCAUGGGAUGCUGCCCAGGGGGAACCAUCUCUAACAUUUUCACCUUCUGGGUGGAUGGGGAUAUGGAUCUCAGCAUCAGUAUGACCACCUGUUCCACAGUGGCUGCCCUGGGAAUGAUGCCACUCUGCCUUUAUUUCUACACCUGGUCCUGGAAUCUUGAGCAGAAUCUCACCAUCCCAUAUCAGAACAUAGGAAUUACUCUUGUGUGCCUGACUAUUCCUGUGGCCUGCGGUGUCUAUGUGAAUUAUAGAUGGUCUGAACAAUCCAAAAUCAUACUCAAGAUUGGUGCCAUUGUUGGCGGGGCACUCCUUGUGGUGGUUGCAGUUGCUGCUGUGGUGCUGUCUAAAGGAGCUUGGAAGUCAGACUUCACCCUUCUGAUCAUCAGUUUCAUCUUUCCUUUGAUUGGCCAUCUUGCAGGCUUUUUGCUGGCACUUCUUACCCAACAGUCUUGGCAGAGGUGCAGGACUAUUUCUUUGGAAACUGGAGCUCAGAAUAUUCAGAUGUGUGUCACUAUGCUCCAGUUAUCUUUCACCGCUGAGCAACUGAUCCAGAUGUUUACCUUCCCAUUAGCCUACGCACUUUUUCAACUGGUGGAUGGAUUUCUCAUUAUUGCAGCAUAUCAGACAUACAAGAGGAGACUGAAAAACAAACAUAGAAAUAAGAACCCUGGUUGUACAGAAACUUGCCAAGAGAAGACAGCCACUUCUAAAGAGACCAGUGCUUUCCUGGAGGUGAAUGAAGAAACCACCACAACUCCUGGGCCACCAGGGGCAGUGGAGAUCCACAAGGCUCCGGAGUGA